AUGACAGUGACCUACUCGCGCAGGGUGGCGGACGCCCGCCUGGGCACCUUCUUCCAGCUGCUGCUCCGCUGGAGGGGCAGCAUCUACAAGCUCCUGUACAGGGAGCUGCUCAUCUUCACCGGGCUCUACGUGUCACUGAGCAUCAUCUACAGGUUCCUGCUGAGCGACACACAGAAGAGGCUCUUUGAGAAACUCGCCAUCUACUGCAACCGCUACGCAGAGCUCAUCCCCGUCUCCUUCGUGCUCGGAUUCUACGUGACGCUCGUGGUGUCCCGCUGGUGGGGGCAGUUUGAGAGCGUGCCCUGGCCGGAUCGCCUGGGGGCGCUGGUGGGGGGUCACGUGCGGGGAGCAGAUGAGACGUCCCGGCUCAUCCGACGAUCGCUGAUGCGCUACGCCAACCUCUCGGGGGUGCUCAUCUACCGCUCCGUCAGCACUGCCGUCUACAAGCGCUUUCCCACCAUGGAGCACCUGGUGCAGGCAGGCUUGAUGACGGCAGAGGAACUGAGGCAGCUGGAGGCCCUGCCUUCCCCCCACAGCAAGUUCUGGGUGCCCUGCAUGUGGUUCGUCAACCUGGCUCUGAGGGCUCGAACCGAGGGCCGAAUCAACAACGACGUGUCGCUCACCGCAAUACUCAACGAGCUCAACACCCUACGUUCGCAAUGUAUGAAGCUCUACAGUUAUGACUGGAUCAGCCUGCCUUUGGUGUACACCCAGGUGGUGACCGUGGCCGUCUACAGCUUCUUCCUCGCCUGCUUAAUUGGCCGCCAGUUCCUGGAUCCGGCGCAGGGCUACCCCGGGCACGACCUGGACCUCUACCUGCCCAUCUUCACUCUGCUGCAGUUCUUCUUCUAUGCUGGCUGGCUCAAGGUGGCGGAACAGCUGAUUAACCCCUUCGGUGAGGACGAUGAUGACUUUGAGACCAACUGGCUGGUUGAUCGCAAUCUACAGGUGUCCUUGCUGUCAGUAGAUGAGAUGUAUGACAGCGUGCCCCUCAUGGAGAAGGACAAGUACUGGAAUGAGUCGGAGCCUCAGCCGCCCUACACCGCAGCCAGUGCCGAACACCGCAAACCGUCUUUCAUGGGCUCCGCGCUGGAUAUCAGCGUGCCAAAGGAGGAGAUGGAGUUCCAGUCCAACCUGGAGCAGAUCAAGGAGCACGAGGAGGCCAAUCACUCGACCCCUCUGCUGGGGGGCCUCGGUCGGCUCCUGGGUGUUCACUCCCCGAGCUUUUCCCGCUCUUCCACCUCCUCGCGGGUGUCGCUCCUGCGCCGCCGUCCCGGGGCUCCGCUCGGCCGUUUCGCCCUCUACCUGCACCCCGAGGGACCGUCAACCCCCAGCCAGACCCGCCAGGCACCACCCCACGAGCGGGACCUCGACUUCAGCUUCUCCUCCUUGCCGACCCACGAGCGACCCGGCUUUUACAGCUGCCCCCAGACGCCCAUACACUGCGUGCCCCCCGCCGUGCCCCGGCCACGCCCCGCCCGCCGGCCCCAGGGCGAUUGGGAACGCAGUUCGGGUUCGCUCACGCCCCACGUGCUGGGCUCCCAGCAGCUGCCUCCAGACACGCCCAGCCGCAUUCCUCCACCGUCCUCGGCAUUCUCCUGGUUCAGUGAGCAGGGGGAGACCCCCGUGGGCCCCGCUUUCUCCUUCCCGGACCCUGCUACUGAACCGAGCCCCCUUCCCCUCCUCCUCCCCAAGAUCAGGCCCACGCAUGGCCUGCUCUCCCGCCGCCCUCCACCCCCUCGCCUCUCCCUGGACCCGAUUCCAUCCUCUGACUGCCAGCCAGGAGCCCCUGCUGCUCAGGGGGAGCAGUUACUCUCACUAACUCCCCCAUCGCACACGCCUGCCCCCAACGCCAGCACCAGCUCCAGCAGCAUCAAUACCACCAGCAAUAAUGUCAAUAGCUCCUCCUCCAAUGUCUGCGCCCACGGCAACUUCAGCGGUAGCGGCUGCGCCGGCGUCAGCGGCGUCGCCAACGGCAGCCUUGGCAGCGGCGUAAAUCCGGUCUCCGCCUCCCCUCCCUGCGUUCAGCCGGCGAGCGGUCAGCAGGUGUCGCCCAACGAUUCAGGGAUCUCGUUGUCGGACGGAGACCUCCUGGGCGUGCUGGUGGCGAGCGGCGAAAGGGGGCGCGUCGCCGCAGCCCGAGAGCAGGACCAAAAAACAAGAGAUGGACGGACCAACGCAUGCGUCCCGAGUGAUGUCCAGCACACCACUUAAGACGCAGGAAGACACCGGUUUGAAACCAUACCGUAGUACUAAGUAAAGAAGAGUAUCUAGCCCUUAGAGAGUAAGUAGAAGAUCCUAAUGCACCGUUGGUCGAUCCCAGUGCCUUACAGGAGUGUGGAAAUUAGGGACGGUGGUGUUCCUGUCCACAGUGACCAAGAGAUUCUCCAGCCUCUGUCCGAACAAAGGAGGUCCACGCUGACCCGGCUGCAGUAAGCAUCCACUGUAGAGCCACCCCACGUGUCCCACCCCAUGGAGGCGAUUUGAAUGAGCCAGAUUUAUGGAUUUGAGUAGUUGUUAAAAGGGUUUGUACCAGGAGUGGAGCGCAUUGCGCGUUUCCUUUGUUGGCUGCGGUGCGAGAGCCGAGACCCAUCCCCCCGAAGCGGAAACGGAUCUUUGAGCAAAUUUACACGCCGCGUUCGCUCAUCGUUGGUUUUAUUAAUAGAAGAAGGUGCUUCUGCUCGCCAGCAGAAUGAACAGGUGCUGAAAGGAGAGGAAGGGGAACCGUUGCACCAAGCUCGCCGAAAUUCACCCACACGAGUGUUCAAACACUUAAGCACCAGUUAAAUACGUCUAAAUAGAAGUGACCUUUUACUUACAGCAAUGUCUUGUUUUAACCGCAUUAAUUUCCUUCAUAACUUAUACAGUGGUACUUGAAAGUAUGUGAACCCUAUAGAGGUGGUCAUUAUUCUUGUA